AUGCCUCAUGUCGAGUCGGAGCCCAUCGAAGCUGCAGAGUCCUCUGGGGGUCUGGCAAGGCUUCCCUUCCCGCCCGUCACUCGGUCUCACAUCCUACACUGCUCAUACCAUUACUGGCAUCCUCUGUACCGCGCUCUCACUCCAAAAGCCCGCCUGAUUCCACUGACGGACCCGUUCAUCUCCUACCUCCUCGCAGACGGGAUCGUGCUCCCUCCAGACCAACCGCGUCGCUCUACCCUGGCUGGGGACGACAGUGGUAUUGAAACUUCCGACUCCGAAGAUGACGGGGAGGAUGAAGACCCCUCAGCCGACUGGCUGGAAAUUCACAAUAAAAUAAAGGACACAAUAAAGGAGCUUGGGGGGAUAGUAACGCCAAAGCUCAACUGGAGUGCGCCGAAAGACGCAACGUGGAUUGCAGUCACAAAUGACUUGCAAUGUCAAACUCCCAACGAUAUCUACCUGUUGCUGAAGAGCAGCGACUUCAUCACACACGAUCUGGAACAUGCUUUCGAUGAUACCGAUCUGGAGCCAGUUGAUAACCUGGCCUCUGAGGCCAUCGCCGAUCAUAAGAAAAUUCCUUAUUACCUCGUUCUCCGUAAAUAUUUCAACCUCAACCCAUCAUUGGAGUUUCGUUGCUUUGUCCGCGAUCGCAAACUCCUAUGCAUCUGUCAACGAGAUUUGAAUCACUUUGAUUUCUUAUUUCCUAUGCGUGACAUGCUUCGAUCUCGAAUACAAUCAUUUUUUGAUGACAAACUCAAUGACACAUUUCCCGAUUCAAACUUUGUCUUCGAUGUCUAUGUCCCUCCACCCCAUGAAAGGGUUUGGCUUAUUGAUAUCAACCCAUGGGCCAUCAGGACAGAUCCGUUGCUCUUUAGUUGGCUAGAGAUACUCACAAUGAAAGACCCAGCCCCGCUUGAAGAAGAAGUCGUUAGACUUUCUCUCCGGGAUGAAAGCGAGGUUAUAGGUGGAGCUCAACACACUGCGUCUGGACGGAUUGAAGACUGUGAUGUUCUUGAGGAGGAGAAUAGUGACGAGGGCGAGACUUCAGAAAUCGAGAAUAUAUCCCCUCUUCCCGAAUUUCGGCUAGUGAGUCGCGAUGAUCCUGAAGCUUACGGCUUCACCGCACCCCAGUACUCUGCUCAUAAAUUACCUCGGGACGUAGUGGACGCUUCUCAGGCGGGACCUGGGGGCAUGGAAUCAUUUAUGCGCCAGUGGCAAGAUUUACUUUCAAAGGAGUUCCAACAGCAGCAAGACGAGUCGAGUGGAGAUGACGAAUAAAACGAAUAUGGCAUCUAGGUGUACGUUUGGAGUUCUGGAUCGGGCUAGGUCACGUUAUGGAUCAUUACUAGAUAUAGAGAAUAGGCUCAUGCCUAGUGUAUUGCUAAG